AUGGCUCAAGGAAACGUUGCGUGGCAACGGGGAGUCUGUGACUGCUCCUCUUCCUGCGACGUGUGUAAGUUUACCCUUGCCCUGGCACACAGCAAUCACCAACUAGUUUAUCCCAUAGGUCUUUGUGCAACAUUUGCUCCCUGCUGUCUGUUCAACCGAAUAGGCGGUCAGUUCAAGGGCCACGACGCUCAAAGAUGUGGUUGGGAUUUUUGUCUUGCAAAUGCUGCAGGUGGGAGUAGCUCCACGUUACUAAGAAAUGGCACUGGAGCCAGUUCAAGCCCUAAUUAUAAAUCCGUUGCCUACUUCGUCAACUGGGGAAUAUAUGGCCGAAAGUUUGAUCCGCAAGACCUUCCUGUUGAGAGGCUUACUCAUGUCCUCUAUGCAUUUGCAAAUGUACGGAAUGAUACUGGAGAUGUGUAUCUUUCUGAUACCUAUGCAGAUGUGGAGAAGCAUUACCCCGGUGAUCCCUGGUCUGAGGCGGGUAACAAUGUAUAUGGAUGCGUGAAUCAUUUAUAUUUGUUGAAGAAAAGAAACCGGAAUCUAAAAAUGCUUCUAUCCAUUGGAGGAUGGACAUAUUCUCCAAAUUUUCCUUCACCAGCCGCCACAGAUGCAGGGCGGAAAACAUUCUCUCGGAGUUCCGUGAAGCUGCUUCAGGACCUGGGGAUGGACGGGCUAGAUAUCGAUUGGGAAGCAAGUUACAGCAGUCUCUUCUCUCCGCGUUACGCCCUUGACAAUUAUGGCGCGAAGCAUGGGGCUGGGAAAAAGUUCCUACUUACAGUGGCAUCCCCGGCUGAUCCGCAAAAGAUCAGUACUUUCCAUAUUGAAGACAUGGACCCUUUUUUGGACUUCUGGAUUCUUAUGGCUUACGAUUAUGCAGGGGGUACAUUUUCGGAAUACACUGGACAUCAGGCAAACAUAUUCAAGAGCAGCUCUAACCAGCAGUCCACGCCGUUCAAUACCGAAGAGGCUGUCGAGAAUUACCUUAACCGCGGAGUCAUAGCAAGCAAAAUUGUACUGGGUAUGCCUCUUUAUGGCCGGGAAUUCACAAAUACAAUUGGCCCUGGUAAACCCUUUUCCGGCAUAGGGGACGGCAGCUGGGAGGAUGGCGUCUGGGACUACAAGGCUCUGCCGCGGCCGGGAGCCGAAGAACACACAGACGACAGCAUGAUAGCAAGCUACAGCUACGACUCAGAGCGGACCUUUAUCAGCUACGAUAGUCCUCUGAGUAGUGCAGAUAAGCCAGGAAAUGAUAGUCUGAUAACGACAGUCGUUGAAGCACUCAGGGGCGUUGGCGCGUUGGAGCAGAAACAGAAUCAGCUGGACUACCCUCUUUCCCAGUACGACAAUAUACGGGGUAGGAUGCAAGAAUGGUGA